GGCGGGAAUAGUGGCGGAGCUCGCGUAGAUUGACAAGGGAUACUAGCUACAUUGUAUAGCUAGUGUGUGGCUUUACAAGCACCAGUGAGAACGUUCUGGAGAUACCCCAUUUUUGGGCGUCUCGAGUUUUCUCUGCGGGCUCUACCCCCCCACCGUAAGGUCGGACUACUCUUUCGGCACCGUUGCAGUGCCGCUCGGUCUCCACUUUAUUGCAACCCUACUGCUCAUCCACACCACUUUAUUGCUUCUCUGGGCGACCAGCGGUGUGUUUAUGUCUUUGUUUUGCGAAAACGGUGAGUACCCGGACGACAGCAGCGACGGAUGGGAAAGAGCUGUUGCGCAGCUGUUGGAACCUGUGUGGGGGGAGCUUAGCCUACAAGCGCGGAGCUUGCAGCCUCAGUGGCGAGACCUUUUUCAUGUCCGAGCCCGAACCCUCUUCCAGUCGUUUAUGUCCCCCCCUCUUUGCCAGACAGAGGAUACCAAAAAUUUGCAGUCCAAGAUCUUCCUGUCCUACUGAUAAAGCCAGAGGCCAGCCGCCAUGUCAGUCAACGUCAACCGCAGUGUGUUGGACCAGUUCUACCGCUACAAGAUGCCCCGUAUAAUCGCCAAGGUGGAAGGCAAGGGGAAUGGGAUUAAGACUGUCAUAGUCAACAUGACUGACGUUGCGAAGUCUCUGAAUAGGCCUCCCACGUAUCCCACCAAAUUCUUUGGUUGUGAGUUGGGUGCCCAGACCCAGUUUGAUGCCAAGAACGACCGCUUCAUUGUCAAUGGGUCCCAUGAGGCAAACAAGUUGCAGGACAUGCUGGAUGGAUUCAUCCGGAAGUUUGUGCUGUGCCCCGAAUGCGACAAUCCCGAAACUGACCUGCAUAUCAACGCCAAGAAACAAACCAUUGGGAACUCCUGCAAGGCCUGCGGCUACAGAGGCAUGCUGGACACACGUCACAAACUCUGCACAUUCAUCCUCAGGAACCCGCCAGAGGACACCGGGUCUGCCAAGAAGAAAGAGAAGAAGAGUAAGAAGAAGGACAAGGAGAACGGCUCCAGUGACGGUGAAGCCGGCAACCACAAUGACAUCGACGCCCCCGACGCUGUGGAUGGUGACGAUGAUGAUGAGGACUGGGCGGAGGAAACUACUGAGGAGGCUCAGCAGCGCCGGAUGGAGGAGAUCAGCGCACACGCAAAGAAUCUGACCCUCAGUGAGGAGCUGGAGAAGCCCCUGGAGGAGAGGGUCAAUCUCUUCUAUAAUUUUGUCAAGCAAAAAAAGGAGGACGGUGCCAUCGACUCCUCAGACAAGGAGAUCCUGGCGGAAGCGGAGCGUCUGGACGUGAAGGACACGGCCCCGCUGAUCCUGACCGAGCUGCUGAUGGAUGAGAACAUCCGCGACCAGAUCAAGAAGUACAAACGCCACUUCCUCAGAUUCACCCACAACAACAAAAAGGCUCAGAAGUACCUCCUGGGGGGCUUUGAGUGCCUGGUCAAGCUGCACCAGGCCCAGCUUCUCCCCCGUGUGCCCAUCAUCCUGAAAGACCUGUACGAUGCAGACCUGCUGGAGGAGGACGUCAUCCUGGCCUGGGCCGAGAAGGUGUCCAAGAAGUAUGUGUCCAAGGAGCUGGCCAAGGAGAUCCACGCCAAGGCGGCCCCUUUCGUCAAGUGGCUGAAGGAGGCGGAGGAGGAGAGCGAGGGCAGCGGGGGGGAAGAGGAAGAAGAUGAAGACAACGUGGAGGUGGUCUACUCACCCUCUGCCCGCGAGCUGAAGGUGGAGACGGUGAAACCAGAGAAGCUUGCCGAAGACGAGGACGAUCUUGACAUUGACGCCAUUUAGGACCUAAACAAGACGAGCCUCCACCGAUCUGUUUUUGGAGUACACAUUCUGUUGCGGUCGCUCUGAUGUUCCUGACAAAUACAGGCAUGCCUUCAUCCCUGCUUGAUCCUACCUGACCCUCCGCCCCGCUGCUUCGGCUGGCUUCUGGCUUUGAGAUGCAUCUAUUUACUUUGUUCCGGUUUUAUCUUGCUGUAGAUGGAGUGAUGAGAUGUGGCUGUUUGUAUAUGGGUGGAGUAUUUUAAAACAACAUUUUGAUUAUACUUGAGCUCUGAAUGCACAUGCUGCGUUUUUCUCCGUGUAUUUUUUCCUCUCAUUAAAGAAUGUUUGCCACA